AUGGGGGGUUGUUUGCGGCGUCGGCGCGGUCGCGCGAGCCGGACCACAACAUUCGCCGGGCGGCGGCGGCGGAGCUGCGAGCGGGAGCCCGGGGCGGCCGCCCAGCGCCACGUCGGUGAACACGGACACCAGGUCAUGAUCAACCAGUUCGUGCUGGUCGCGGGCUGCGCGGCCGACCAGGUGCAGCAGCUGCUGCAGGCGGCGCACUGGCAGUUCGAGACCGCCCUGAGCACGUUCUUCCAAGAGAGCAACAUUCCCAACAGCCACCACCACCGGCAGAUGAUGUGUACUCCCAGCAACACCCCUGCCACACCACCUAACUUCCCUGAUGCACUAGCCAUGUUCUCCAAGCUUCGAGCCUCUGAGAGCCUGCAGAACAGCAACAGCCCCAUGACAGCAGUGGCCUGCUCGCCCCCUGCAAACUUCAGCCCCUUCUGGGCCGCAUCCCCACCCAACCACCAGACGCCCUGGAUCCCACCCUCUUCCCCCAACUCCUUCCAUCAUCUGCAUUGCCCACAGCCCACGUGGCCCCCUGGAGCAUCACAGGGGCCCAACUCCUUCCAUCAUCUGCAUUGCCCACAGCCCACGUGGCCCCCUGGAGCAUCACAGGGGCCCACCCAGCAGAAAGCCAUGGCAGCCAUGGACGGCCAGAGAUGAGACUGGAUGGCACUGGGCUCGAGCAGGGGCAGUCCAGGGUUGUGGGGACACAGAGCAGGGCUGGGGAGGGGGGACAUGAGGGCAGGGUUUCUUGAAGAUCGCACUGGAAGAUUUUAUAAGAGAAUUUUUGUGGGUGGGGGUACAGUAAACGUCCUGAGCCACUUGGGGUCUUCAGGAGUUUCUCUUUGGGAAAGUUUUUUCUUCUUUUUAAUAUAUAACUAUAAUAUAUAUGAAUAUAGAUGUAUCUGAGAGAGGGGCCUGCACAUCAGGGAUGUUGGCUUCAGAAGGGAAGGGCCUCAGAAUCUCCCCUUGUUGACACCUUCCUCUGUCUAAUUUGGGGUAACAAGGGUGCUCAUAGUCAGAUGGAGUGAGCUUGCAGCUGGGUGGGUAUGCUGCCUUUAAAGCCAUGUUGGCCGUUAGGAAGCCCCUCCCCCAAGGGAGGUCCCCAAAGGGUCCUGUUGGAGUCAUCGACUUUCCUACCCCAUCAAUGGUAGAUGGAGUUUUCAUCUCUGCUGGUGGUGGCCUCAGUGGCCCUGAAACUCAUCACCCUGUCCCCAACUGAGUAUGCUGAGCUCCUAGGACUGAAGAGUUGGCUGACCUCUGAGUGGAUACUUGGCUGUCCCAUCCCUUACAGUCCUGGCUGUCCCACAGGUCUCCAGCCUCUGACUAGCGGCAGAGGAGGACAACUAAGGAGAGCCCGCCUUUGGAUUGAGU